AUGACCUCGUCAAAGCCCUCGCCCAAGAGGCACGCUGCUCGCAAAAGGCGCCUCAUCGCCACCCUCCUCAUCGCCGCCUUCCUCGCCGCCUCCGGUACAUUCUCUCCCACCGUCGCCGCCGCUUCCCUACACCAGAGGGGACAGGCUCCCUUCGCCGACUCGUCUCUCGACCCCCAACCCUCCUCCUACUCCCCAUCCUCGAGCGCUUCCGCACCGCCACCCGCAACUCCCUCCAGCCUCUCCGCCACCCACGCCCUGUCGCAGGCGCACAAGCCCUGGCUCAUCGCCGCAAAGGACGCCGCACUCGCAAAGGUCAGCAGCUUCGUCUAUACCGCACUCCCCGACCCGCGCUACUUUUCCUACGACAUCGACCAGUUUGCCCAGUCCACCGACGAAUCGGCGACAGACUCGGGCCUCUUUGGCGAGACGGCCGGCCUCAACUGGGGCGGCAGCACCCUCGAAGUCAUCCGAUCUCAGGCCCUCUUCCUCACCCGCGCAGCCGCCUUUGGCCCGCGCAUCACGGCCGACGACGGCCUCAAGGGCUCCCUCCUGCCCAUCUCCACCUUCUACCGCUCGCCCCAAAACGGCAACAAGCCUUCGGCCCACGACAUCCAGGCAUGCCCCUACAAGGGCGGGCCCGGAUGGAAGCGCCAGGACUUCCUCAACUCCUUUGACGAUCCCGACGACCGUCGCCUCUACUCGAGCUUCGCCACACCCGAGGCCGCCCAUCCCACAGAGGAUCGAGAUCCGAGCCUACCCAUCCCGCCAGAGGACUGGAUCGCCCUGGUCGAGAGGGGCGGAGGCUGCGGUUUCGCCGAAAAGGUGCGCGUCGCCCAGACCCUCGGCGCCAUUGCCGUCGUCGUCGGCGAUGCUCCCAGCCCCGACUGGCCGGGCGACCACUCGGGCAACCCAGACGAGGACGGCGAUCCCGGCCUGAGCGGCAAACGCCUCAUCACCAUGUACGCCCCCGGCGACACCAGCGACAUCCGCAUCCCGUCGACGUUUGUCACGCGGCCGUCGUUCCUCGACCUCAGCCGACUCAUCGACGAGCUGGAAAAGGACGAGGAAAAGUGGCAGAACGCCCACCGCGACCCGAGCGGCGAGGUCGACAAGGACCCCAAGGCCCCCAAGCGCCUGCACGGCCUCGAGAUCGUCAUCAGCAAGGACGACAUGAUGUUCGAGUGGCCGCUGAUCGACUUGGGCAUCCUGCUUCUCCUGCUGCCUUCGUUCAUGACGGUUGCCACCGUCAUCGUCCACCGCAUCCGGCUGAUCCGACAGAGGCGAAAGGAGCGCGCACCCGAGCUCGUCGUCCUCGGGCUGCCCUGCCUGAUCUGGAGGAGCGGCGGUCAGCCAUGGGAGAAGAUCGAGGGACCCGACGUUGACCCGGGCCCGGGCAACGGCGGCAGCAGCGCCGACGCGGACGGCGCUGCGGCUGCUUCCUCCGACACGGAUGGCCAGGACUCGCCGGCGCCCGUCACGAGCAUCACUCCCGGCGACCUCGAGUCUGGUGCGGCAGCCGAAAACAUCCCGCUGCUGCAAGAGGACGAGAACGGCGCCGGUCCAUCGCGGCGCCCCACGCCGACCGUCAAGGUGCCCGCCCCGCCGUCGGCCAACCGCUCGCACUCGUUCCUGCCGCCAGGCCGCACCUACUUUAGCACCGACGAGUGCGCCAUCUGCCUGUGCGACUUUGUCGACGGCGACCGGGUGCGCGUGCUGCCCUGCGGCCACAUUUUCCACCGACAGGAGAUUGACGACUGGCUCGUCCGCGUCAAGAAGCUGUGCCCGAUCUGCAAGCGCGAUAUCACGGUGCCCAUCCCGCCUGCGCCUCCUGGCCCGCCGAUCCACCAGGCCUCGGGCUCCUCGAGCAACCUCGAGGCGUCCACCACCACCACCAGCAGCUCCGCCGCCGAUGGCGAGGCGCAGCAGCAGCAGCAGCAGCAGCAGCAGCAGACGACGAUCCAGGCGGGAAGCGCGCGCGAGGACGAUGUCCCAGCCAUGGAGCGGUACUGA